UCGAGCAGCAUCGCCCGUGACCAAGAGCGACGCCGCGAGCGCAGCCACGCUCGCGAGGCAUGCCAUGGAGGAUGCUGCGAGAGCCGUGCUCCCUCUCAGCUUCGCCGCGGCCGUCAGCGGCCUCGUCGUCACCUCCAUGUUCGUCCUCGCCCCCUUCAUCGUGAUCGCGACGAGGGUGACCGACGACGUCAGGGCCGUGGGGUUCUACUCCGGCGCCGUCGUCUCCGCGUUCUACGCGGGCCGCAUGCUGACCACGCCAGCCUGGGGCAGGCUGGCCGACAGGCGCGGGCGGCGGCGCACGCUGCAGGCCUCCCUGCUGGGCAUGUCGGCGGCCACCUUCUGCUGCGGCCUCGCGGGCGACGUGCGGUGGAUCCUGGCGCUGCGCUUCGCCGCGGGGUGCCUGAGCGCGGUGCAGUCCACGUGCCACGCCAUGGCCUGGGAGCUCUCGGGCAAGCGCGGCACCGCCCUCAUCGAGUCCGGCUGGACCCUGGCGUCCAUGCUCGGGCCGGCCUUGGCGGGGCUCUGCUGGUGGAUCCCGCCGCCGGCCGUGCUGGGCAGCAGGCACCGCCACUUCACCGCGUGCGCGCUGCUGUCCGCGCUGCAGGUUGCCCCGAUCCCGUUCCUGCCCGCGGAGACGCUGCGGCCCACGGCGCAGCCAGGUCAGUACGGGGCCGUGGCUCCCGCCAGGGACGCCGCGGGAAGCGCUGAGGCCAGGGCGCCCGCCACGGUGAUGCUGUCCAUUAUCUUGAACGGCGUCGGAGUUUUUGUCUCGUCGGCGGCCGAUGAGCUGAGCAUCCUGUUCGGGAUCGGCACCCUAGGCCUCGGGCAGGACGCCAUCAGCAUGGUGUUCCUGCUCGCGGGCGCCCUGGACUUCUCGAUGGUCCUCAGGACGCGUGUCGCAUGGCGGCCAGCUCGCUUCUCGGUGCCCCCGUCUAGCUCUUGCGCUGGUGCAGCCAACUCCGCCUCGCCGCCGACGGGCAAAGUUUACCCUUUGCAGCCCCACCAGCAGCACGCAGCCUGUGCCGGCCCUUGCUGCACAGCCUGCGGCGGAUCGAAGGGUCUCGGUUGACGGGCACACGUUGGCGCCCAGGCGCGUUCUUCGAGUAGGAGAUCGACUACCGAAUUGGUUUACCC